CUGUUUACAAAGUUUGAGGACCUCUGAUUUUAUAUUUGCUUCUCUUCGAGUCAGCUUUAUUUUCUUGCUCUACUAACGACGAGCAGUUUCUUUAAUAAGGGAAAGGACAAUAGUCGUGAUGAAAAUGUCAGACGCUCCUUCCCGUCCCCUCGGUCCACACGCAAGGCCGCGGGACCACCCAGGUCCACUCGCGGGUUUCCACGCCCCUCCCGCUGGCCGGCCCCGGGCCCCGCCCCUCGCGGGUAGGAGGGAGCCCGGCUGAGCCCGGGCCUGAGUCCCCGCUGCCCCUUGGGGAACCCCAACCACUGCCCCGGGCACACAAAAGAACCUCGGUCUUCAAAGCCAGGGGGCCUCUUUGGGGCGCCCCUUCUCUGAGUGGCGGGGGAAGGCUGGCCUCUGGGGAGGCUGGCCCCUGGGAGCCGUUGCCCGGGCGACCAGCAGGCGGCUCCUCCCAGGGCCUGCUGUGGGCGGCCACGUCGCCUGGCAACCAGGUGGCAGCGUCCCCUGAGCCCGGACCACACAGUUGAGCCCAGCCCUGCCUGGCUCCUCCCUGGCCCGCGGGACCCCUGGGGCCCGUCCUCACUCCUCAAGACCAGGACAGGCUCGAUCACAAUGAACAUCGUCCUCUCCAGGGACGGCCAGGUGAGGGUGAUGGAGGACACGGUGGCCCACGCCGAGAAGCACUUCGGGCAGUUCUGCUCGCUGCUGGCCGCCUACACGCGCAGGACGGCCCGGCUGCGCGACAAGGCGGACCAGCUGGUGCGGCAGCUCUUCGCCUUCGCCAACACCGAGGGCCCCGGGCUGCGGGCCGCCAUGAAGGACUUCGCCGAGGACCUGGCCAAGGUGCAGGACUACCGGCAGGCCGAGGUCGAGAGGCUGGAGAACAAGGUCGUCAACCCCCUGAAGCUCUAUGGGGCGCACAUCAAGCAGACGCGGGCUGAGAUCAAGAAACUCAAACGUGCCCAAAAUAACGAGAUCAAACAGCUGCAGAAGCUGGAGAAACUGAGGCAGAAGUCACCCUCGGACCGGCAGAUGAUCUCCCAGGCAGAGACCAGCGUGCAGAGGGCCUCGGCGGACGCCAGCCGCACCACUCGCCAGCUGGAGGCGGCGGUGGGCACCUUCCAGAGGCAGAAGCUGAAGGACCUGCAGAAGAUCUUCUCUGAUUUCGUGACCAUCGAGAUGGUGUUCCACGCCAAAGCGGUGGAGGUGUAUUCCGGCGCCUUCCAGACCCUGGAGAACUACCACCCGGAACAAGACCUGCAGGAUUUCACAGCCAAGAUGCAGGGACUUUACGGGCAUCACGCCGCUCGGCCGCUCGCUGGCAGCGACCCCUCCCUGCCCGUCCCGUGGCUUCCCACCAGCCAGAGUGCUGAGAGCGCCGCACAGAGACAGAGAGCAGAGGAGGAGGAGGCGAGCGAGGACGGCUCCGCGGACGAGGCCCCCGUGGAGGACCUCAGGGGACAGGGGCUGCAGACGUAGGAGGAGGAUGCCCCACGACAGUCGGAAGAACCGGGCUGGCCCUGGGUCCUGGCAGGCAUGUCCUCUGGGCCUCAGUUCCCUCAUCUGUACAGCAGGCUGAUGUCACCCCCUUGCAGGCUGUCCCCGUGCGGUGCCCGGUGCGGACUCGGUGAUCAAUAAAUGCCCGGCGACUCUCAAUGUGA